AUGGGGGUCAAACAAGGGGACCCUCUUUCCCCCUUCAUCUUCAUACUUGCUAUGGAAGCCUUCUCGUCCUUCUUGAUGAGUGCAUCGGAGGUCGAUUUUAUUAAUGGUAUAUCUAUACCAAAUGACAGCCCCACUAUCUCCAACCUCAUAUUCCCAGACGAUGUUUUAAUUGCGGGUGAUUGGUCUGACAUAAAUGCUUUGAAUAUUAGGAGGAUCAUGAGAUGCUUUGCCGUUGUUUCGGGGCUCAAUCUCAAUUUUCGAAAAUCUUGUUUAUAUGGGGUCGACGUCCAUGUGGCUGAGGUUGACCGUUUGGCUGCCGUUAUGCGAUGCCAAGCUGGAGCUUUUCCUUUUAUCUAUCUUGGUAUCAAGGUUAGCGUGAACAUGAACAAAAUUUUCAACUGGGGUCCGGUUAUAGAACUUUUUGAGAGGCGCGUUUCGCAAUGGAAGGCCUCCACCCUAUCGGUCAGGGGUAGGCUCACCGCUCACACUUAUCAAGUCAGUUCUUGA